AUGAACCCACCCAAUCAAAUCAUAGAUCCAGAUGGUGAGGUGAUCAUAAUACUGCGCAAUGCAGACUGUCCGUUUGCACAACCUUUUGAAAGUACCGCUACUGGUAAAGCCUCUGACAUACCACUGGAGAUACGUAAUGGUCUCCGAAGCACUGUGACAUUGUUCAACUUUUCGACUUUCCGUUUCGAACUGCCCGAACAGCCGCCUCCCGAAGAGAAAGCAAGGAAUAGUAAGGAGAAGAGGAAGAAGAGGAAGAAGGAGAGGGAAUAUAGAGCGGCUCAGGCCACUCUUGAGGAAUAUGCUGCCGAAGAACCUGCUGUCGAAGCAUCCGCUGCCGAUGAGCCUACUGCUGAAGAGCCUGCUGUCGAAGCAUCCGCUGCCGAUGAGCCUACUGCUGAAGAGCCUGCUGUCGAAGAAUCCGCUGCCGAUGAGCCUGCUGUCAAAGAAUCUGCUGCUGAAGGAUCUGCUGCUGAAGAGUCCGUUGCUGAAUUUGGCACACUGAAUCACGUCCGCAUUCAAGUAUCUGCGAAGCAUUUAAUUUUUGCCUCCUCGGUUUUCAAGAAAAUAUUGACUGGGGGUUGGAAAGAAAACAUUACUUACUUGCAGAAGGGCUCAGUGGAAAUCACUACAGAAAGCUGGGAUACUGAAGCAUUUUUGAUUUUACUCCGUGCUAUUCAUGGUCAAUACUACUAUAUACCGCGGAAGCUGACCCUCGAGAUGCUCGCCAAGGUUGCUGUGAUAGCAGACUACUAUGAAUGCAAGACGGCUUUAUUUAUCAUGAAAGAUAUUUGGAUCGAUAAUCUGGAGGAGAGCAUUCCUCCGACAGUUUCUCGAGAUUUGAUUUUAUGGCUAUGGAUUGCCUGGUUUUUUCAACUUCACUCUCAGUUCAAAAGAUCAACUUUGAUUACGAUGUCACAAAGUGACGGCUGGGUUGUUAGCUUUGGACUUCCGAUUCCUGCAAAUGUCAUUGUUUCAAUAAACAAAUGUAGGGAGAAUGCCAUCCACAACUUGGUAAUUACCCUUCAUGAAACACGGGGUGCCUUCUUAGAUGGUACUCGGGGCUGUUGUUUUGAGUGUCGCUCGUUCAUGUAUGGGACUCUAACUAUGCAGAUGCAGUCUAGUAAUCUGCUUUCACCAAAGCCCAAGGCUCCCUUCUUGAAUUUGAAUUACAAUGGUCUGGUGAAAACUAUACUGGCCUUCAGAUCCCCACGGUGGUAUGGCUCGAACACAAGUUAUUCGAGUUAUAGGUCCAGCGAUUUCCACGAUUGCCCCGACGCAUCCUUCGCAUCAUUAUUCGCGAUACUGAAAGAUCCUCUCGAGGGCUUGGAUCUUCAAGAUUUCACGGGAUCAUCAUUGGAGAACGUUUUCCAUGGUGACAUCUGCAUGCAUGAUUGA